AACUUCCAUAGGUACUUGGUACCGAUCUCCGCGCCGUGGGAUGGCUGGCCAUGGGCAACCGAGGCAUGGACAAACACCCAGACAGCGUCUUCUUAUUUUCUUAGACAUUCGUUAGAGAAUAAUUUAAUAUUUUUAACUGUAAAAUUUGGUUGCAUACAACUAUCAGGAAAAUCGACUGUAACUUAAAAGCUUUGGAAUAUCCGGACAUUAUCAUGAUAGCGCAUAAACAACCGAAGGUGCUUCUAUUUGAUAUUGGAGGAGUCUGUGUCAUCUCACCUUUUCAAUCCAUAUUAGACUACGAACUGAGUUUGGGGAUUCCACCGGGAUGGAUUAACUACUCGAUAUCAAAAACGGCACCGAACGGUUUUUGGCACAAGCUAGAAAAGGGCGAGAUUCCCUUAGAUGACGCAUUUUAUGCCGGUUUCAACGAGGACCUUCACGAUCCUACGAGAUGGGCAGCAUUCUACAAAGCGCAGCAGUCUAAGAACCCGGAUCUCCCAAAGGAAAUCCCCCCGGUGCCGAGGCUUGACGGACGCUGGCUUUUCAAUGAUAUGAUGACGUCUGCGACGGACCCCGACCCGUGGAUGUACCCGGCGCUCAAGAACCUGAGGGCUAGCGGGAAGUUCAUCCUCGCCGCGCUGAGCAACACGGUUAUCUUCCCGCCCGACCACGCGCUUCACAGGGCGGAUUUCUUCGCCGACCCGCUCCGGAGUCUAUUUGACGUUUUCGUCUCUUCCGCGCACGUGGGUUUGAGGAAACCGGACCCUAAGAUUUAUCAGCACGCGCUGGACGAGGUUGAUAAAUAUGCUCGGUCCCAUGCUGAUGAGGAACGAGGGAAAUCGCUCGGCUGGAAAGAAGGGGUGAAACCGGAUGAUAUCAUAUUUCUUGAUGAUAUCGGGGAGAAUUUGAAAGCGGCCAAAGCGUUGGGGUUUCGAACUUUAAAGGUACCGUUGGGAAAGGCGUUUGAGGCGGUGGAUGAGCUGGAGGUUAUCACAGGCCUCAAGCUAGCUGGCGGCCAUCCUAGGAUACCUAUCAGGCCAAAGAUAGGAGGCGUGGGUGCUAAAUUAUAGAUAAGCUGUUUAAUGGUGUAGCGUCGGCGCUAUGUAUUAUGAGGAUUAGAAAUUUAACAUAUAUGUAUACUGCGCGUUGUUCUUGAGAAUACUAUGUAACAAUCUGUGGUAGCGGGGUUCUUAUCGCCGGGCAUCACCGCUUUCAUAGGAGCAAGG